GUUGCUGAAAACGGAUGUGUCCUGCCAAGUGCUUUGUUGAUCUUCGUGUCUGCUUCGCCGCCAUUUGUUAGCAGUUGUGUUCUUUUAUCUUCCCGUGUGUGCUGUGUUGAUGGUGGCAAGGUAAUUCUGUUUUUUACAGUUAAAAAACUGGCGAUUAGAAGCUAUCAUCUUCGGAUGAUGAAUCGACUUAUCGGAAUGUAGUGAAUAACCCGUGUGCGGUCUCCCAAAAUCGAUAAAAGUGAUUGGGUGAAAGUGUGUGCGGCGAAGCUCUGUUUGAAAAAGUAGCGACGACGACGAUAGGAAGGCAGCGGCCGUCGUCGAGAUGCGACGACGGAGAUCAAUUGAGUCAGCCGCCAACCAUACCGUGUACAAACGUAAUGUACAGCACUUGGUACCAAUACCAGAAUCAUAAGCAUCAAUAACAGCAGUAACAUCAGCCGAAGGAAAAAACAGCAAUAUCAUCACAAACAGCGCCAAGUUAGCUUGUGGGAGACAUACUAACCACCGUCAAUAAUAAGAGCAUGAAUAGCAAACAUCAUUGCCAUCCAAUCCACCAAGAGCAGUGAAUGCUGCGAGCUAGCUGCGGCCGUAUUAGUCGAUGUAUUGGUGAUAUCCGAAGUGUGUACAUCGAAUCGAAAGGCCGUCGCACCGACCGAGGCGCUGUAGAACAGUGGGGAAGACGACAAAAAGAGACACUCUCUUGGUUUCGGUUGUUCGAUUCGAUUGCAGCGAGCUCUGUGGUCGGUGAGAAGAGAUCACUGAUCUGCUCGGACUUAACAUACUUUCUAAAUAUAAUUGACUCUCGACGUGGGAAUCGAACGGACGGAUUAUUUUGCCUUCCCGUAGUGCUGAAGUAAGAAGCAAAGUUUUUCUGUACUGUCCUCACAGUAGUGAUUGAUGUCCAGCCCUGUUUAAAAUUGCUACUAGCUAGUAGUAAGAAUUAAGUGCAGGGUUGCUGUAGUGAGUGCGUCAUGCUUUUGGCGAAUCGAUUAACGACUCGAGGCAAACAUGGAUAAGUAUUGAUUGUAGACCCCAAUUGGUGAAAGUGCGAAAAGUGCUCUACAAUUUCGGGAAAAAGUUUUCUUUUUCGGUAAAGUAAGGAAAAGGGAAAAUUCUUCAAUUUUUCUUCCAUCUGCACCUGUGUUAGUGGCAGCAGGCGCAAUUUUAUGUAGAGGGCGCUCUUGUGUGCAUUUGUGACCAAGGAGAAGUGCAUAGAUAUAACAUAAAUCGUGUGUACCGUAUAUGUAUUAGGGUAGUGUCUUGAAGUUAAAGAUCUGGUUCGGUGACAGACUGAAUCGAAGAAACUGGCAGCACGGAUUCCAGUGCUGGCGAAUGGAAUAAGUCAAUCGCCUUUUGCAGAUAAUGGGUGUGUAUUGAUAUCAACCUUUGGAUGGUUUUAGCUUACCACCUUUCCAUUUGGACGGGGUGGAUGUGUAUGUGUAUUUUCGCAAAUGUCAAAUAUGACAACAGUGUUUUAGCUUGUUUUCUGUAUCCGCCAUUUUCUGCCGUCGCCAUCGAACGGGUAAUUUUAUCGUUUUUGCAUGUGAAGUUUACGGUUGCAAAGAAACCUCUAGCGUCAGAAACAUCACAGACUAUAUGCUGGUGACACGUUAGCUGGAGUUCAGCGGAAAUAGUGCAGUUGAAGGAGAAUUUUCCAAGUGAAAAGUAGUUCGCUGAAUCGCCUUUAAAGUGUGCUAUAGUCUAGUUGGAAAAAGGGAGCAAGUAGCAAAAAGAGAAUAUCCCUCAUAACUAUUUCUUGGUGUUGCGUUUCACUGGUGUAUCGUUAAUAAAGGAAUAAGAGAAUCGUAGGAGUGUUAGUGUAUGUGGCGCUUGCCCUCGGAUACAUCGCAGUGGUAGUUGUGCCAGUUUCACCAUCUCGAUACAAUUAUACAAAUUGUGAAUAAAAUAGUAAACCGUAAUAGAGCAGAAAAGGCAGUAAUAGCAGCAGCCGUGUAGAAAUUGUUUUUGCUUCUAGUGAAAAUGUUAAGAAUAACACAACCAUGACGCACCAGAAUCACCAAACUAACGGCGCAAGUUUGGAAGAUUGCCACACAAACUUUUUUGCCUUGGCUGAUCUGUGCGGUAUAAGAUGGCGUAAGUUGGUACAGGGCGAACGGCCGAACGCCUCCAGCUACCCGCUGGACGAUCCGGUGCUCCGUUCCUACUCGAAAUGUCUCGAGGUGGACAUCCUGUGCGUAUGGCGCCGGGUGGCCGCUCCGAAACCCGCCGAGCAGGACCCGAAUGUGUUCGAGAUGAGCAUACCGGGUCCGGUGACGGGUGGCACGGUCAUCCAUCCGCCGCUGUCGCUGACCGCCGCCAAGGAGCUGUGGAUCUUCUGGUACGGCGAAGAGCCAGAUCUGACCGAUUUGGUUGAUCCGGAACUGCUGAAAUCUUCCGAAGUCGACAAAGGUUCCUGGGAAGGAGGUCUUUCGUACGAGUGCCGGUCACUUCUUUUCAAGGCAUUGCACAAUGUCAUCGAACGAUGCCUCCUAGCACGGGAUGUCGUCCGGUUGGGGAAAUGGUUCGUACAACCCAGUUCCAACAACGAUCGACUAUUUGGAAAAAGCUCACACCAUUCGUCGUUUUCGUUCUCGUUCUUCGUACACGGAGACAGUACCGUGUGCGCCUCCAUGGAUAUCCGCGAACAUCCUCCGGUACGACCUCUUAUGGUCAAACAUCUCGAAGAAGCUGCUCAGUUACAAAACAGCGGCAGCAAUAAUAGCAACAAUAGCAGUAAUCCCACCCACAGCAGUAGCAACACGAAUACUAAAAAUGAUACCAAUAGUACUAACAGUAACAGCAACAAUAACAACAACAACAACUGCAGUAGCAAUGGCAAUAGUGGCAGGAAAUGCGGUGACUCGAGUACCGACACGAUUAAACCCCGGUCCGUUAUCCUGGCCCCAUUUGGUUUGGCUGCCACGCUAACCGGACAGAGCUAUAAAUUCAGCGAUCCCCAGACACAGAAGGUGCUGGACGAUUGGAGUGCGUUCUAUCCGAUCUCGAACAAAAACAUCCACCAACUCUCCGAAGGUUCUCUGGACGUUGUGCCACCCAUCGUCGAAGUGUUGACAGGUGGUAUCAAAAUGCGCUACCCUUCCAAAUAUGUGCUAGUAACGGACAUCGACGAGUGGACGUUGAACGGUGACAGUGUCAAUCUAUCAUGCCAUCAGCAAGCAGGUGCAUCCACCAACCAGGCCAAACAGCACGCAGCAACAGGCACGCUCAAAUCUCAACUGAUGGCUGAGUCCACAGUAUUGAGUGAUCUCACUGCUUCUACUAAGGCGGCAGCAGCCGCUGGGACCAAUAAUCGAAAAGCAUCCGAAUCGACUGAUCAAAAAUCUCUAAUACAUCAAUCGUUCACUGUGCCGGAAGCUCCUUCCAACGAUCUCGGAAAUCAAUCCAGCAUGUCGUCGGCUCUCACCAACAGUUCAGCGGCGGUUCUGAUUCCAGAACGGGUGUGGCAAGAUUGUAUUAUGCAUGCCAAUCCACCACCAGCGCCCGUUUCAUCACAAUCGCCGAGCGGUGGCAGCGAGCUCGGGGGUGUGUCCAUCAAAUCUGAACCAAAAGACCCAUCCGGCCAGGACUCUUCAUCUGCGGCUGACAUCGAUGCGAAUUCUAACUCGCUGUGGGAAAUCUCCGAUCCAUUAGUCAAGAUGACGUGCUCAUGUAUCAAGUGUAUCAAAAAAUUGAGCGGAACGGGGGGCGGUCCACGGAAUCACCCGUCAUCCUCGAGUCACUUUUCUGCGGCGAGAACUUCCCUCAGUGGUUGCUCGUCGUUAUCGUCAACCUGCUCCCCUUCUUCUUCUUGCUGUAGCGGCGGAAGUAGCAGCAGUGGCGGCAAACACCAUCGCCAGCACCGCAUUCCAUUCCACAAAAGACCGUUGAACCAAAACCAUCCGUUCCAUCAGGGCAGUGCUAAUGGCGGCCAGAAUUCCAACCGAACGGCCACGCACUCACCUUUUUCCUCAACAACAGCUGCCGAGGCACUGGCAAACAACAGCCCGGGCUCGGUGGGAGACUGUCUGCUCGAAUCUGCUCAAAGAUCAAACCAAAAUUGCGGGGUCGGCGGAAGUACCCCGUACGGUGGCCCACCUUCGUACGGGCGAAACCCUCUUUCGAUCGGGGAUUCACACCCAUUGCCUUCGGAAGGAUCACCCGCCAGUGCCGCUCCGUCACCAAUGCAACCUUCGUCCAUAUCGCAGCCAACGUCAGUUCCAUCGGGCGAUCAGCUGCUCACAAUGUCACCGCAUCCACCACCGUCUAACAAUCCACGAAGCGUCCAGCCGAGUACUCCAUCCUGUCUGGAUCAUUUGGACAAAAAUACUCCGGCUCCGACCCCGACAGAUCAGCAUGACAGCAAAAGUAUUACAGCUUCACCGUACCAUACACCGUCCCAUUCGGCCGGUGGAGUUCUCAGUGUGGAAGCGCCGUCAUCCCAGCAGCCGAUGCCGCAACAACAGUUACAUCAGCAACAGCAACAGCUACAGCAAUCCCAGCAGCAGCAACAGCAGCAAUCACUACAGCAAACAUCACAACAGCAGACCAAUCUAAGUUGUACCAGCAGUAGUAGUAGUAGUGGUGGCGGAACAACCAACAGUAGUCCCGGGAAUAUUCCAAGUGGUGGACAGGGAAUGAUGGGUAUCAAAAUGAAAUCAGAAGGAAUACUUGGUAUCGGUAUGGGUGGAUCAGAAUGUCCAAUGCUAGGGAGUCCCAGCAUCUAUAGCAGUCUCAACCCAAUCGUGAACCAACAACCGAUUAACAAAAGGGAUGCGAUUGUUCAAAUGCUGCAGAAUCUCAAAAGGCCUUCCUUGGCGUCCAGGGACUACGAAACGAUGCAUGGAGAGGAAAGUCCAAGCAAUUCGCACAUGUUAUAUGAUUAUAGCUUGAUGGAUGCUUGGAUGUACCAUCCAGUAAAGCGAUACCGGCCAAAUGAGGAUUCCAAGUUAGCUUCGCAGGUCCGAAAUAUGGAUUUGUACGCCGACCAAAAGCACUCAGAGCGAUACAUGCAGUCAUUAAGAGAAUCAAAUGAAGGUGUUUCGAUAGGAGGAUUGAAUAGUGGUUGUUUGAAACAGGAUCCACAAGACCCUUUGGCAUUGCCCGAUGAGUUAAAUACGGAUUCAGUAGUGAAUACUAUGCUGAGUGAGCGACAGAUUAAGACCGAAAUAGGCUGUGAUGCUAGGGACGGUGACGGACAAAUGUUAGGCGUGCAUGAGAUUAAAAAAGAGAAGGAGGAAAAAGAUGAAAGUUUAUUCACAGCACAGGGACUGCAACCGGGAGAAGACGAUCUGGACCAGCUGUUCGAUGAUACCAACUAUAACGACGACAUGCCUCCUAACACGAGUCCCGUUUCAAAUAAAAGCGGAGGAGGAUGCAUGGAAGAUGUCAAAAGGAUGUCCGGUUCUGGCCAUAACAUUAAUAUGGGUAUCCUGAGUCCAAAAGAGUUGUCCAAAAUGUUUCCUACACCGCCUAGCUUAGAGCACCAUCCAAAUUCUAGCCCGGGAGGAGGGGGUUGUCUUUCCGAUGGUAUCAUGAUAGACACCAUGGUCGAGCCGACUACGGUGCCGAUUCUUGGAAGCCCUUUAGAAGAACCUAUCGACGACUGGUCGUACGUGUAUCUACCUCCUACUAUUUGUAAAUAUGUCGGGUCAACCAAAUACGCUCCUCUGCAACAACUCCCCAGUCAACAGAUGCAACCAACGAUAGCGUUGCCCCUCAAUUGUGUAUACAAAUCGACGGCACAACUGCGCAAAGAAAAGCAAGAGCGGGAAAAGUUUAUGAAAUUGCGUGAGCUGCAAGAACAACAAGAAGCUCAGCAGCAGCAAGCUCAAUUAGAAAAUAUUCCUCCCAAUGCGGGAGCUGCCGGUGGAACUACAAGUACAAAUUCAAUCAAACAGGAAUCAGCAAUGACCGUACCGCAACCGCUCAGCACGCCUAAUUCAUUUAAUAACCUUAACGGUGCUGGUCACCCGUAUUCAAAUCCACCAUCUCAAGGUUGUCAACCUCUUUCGAGACCACCUUCAGUCAAUUCAUUACCUGGAGGCAUGAUGAGUGCCGGAGGUAAUUUGCUGAGUCCUUCCCCGCUAAAUAAUGGGAUGAUGAAUAGCAAUAUGUUUCAUCCAGGUGGUGGUGGUGGCGGUGGUAUGGGAAUCCCGAUUCCUAUGCGACAAGGAAUGUCACCGAUUUCUCCAGCUACUCCAGGUGGUGGUAAUGCAACUGGUGGAAGUACUAUGCGCGUACCUACACCACAAGGAUCCUGUCCUUUGCCUUAUCCAUCUCCGUUAGGAAUGGGUCCCGGUGGAAGUCCUAAUCCAAUGGUCUUUCGACGCACUCCGAUUCUUCCUCCUCCACCGUACGAUGUUGCUGUGGCAUCUCCGGCCACUUCAACAACGUCUUCCUAUCACAACAAACAGUUUGGAAUUGAGGACGGACCUCAAACUCCGAUGCUGGGUAACAACAACAACGGUAGCCAGCAAUUACAGGAAUCGCUCAUCGAAAUCAGUGCCCUCUUGGUGAAUGUUUUGCUCUACGACACUUCGCUCAACAUUUUCCGAGACCAUAAUUUCAACAGCUGUACGCUGUGCGUGUGUAACGCAGGACCAAAGUGUGUAGGAAAUAUCCGUGGAGCAGACUCUGGGAUGUACUUACCCCUUCCGGGGACUAAAUUCCUGCUCAACAGCAGCAGUAGCAGUAGUAAGAACGGUUUGUCUAGUGGAAACAACAGCGAACGGGACGGGGUUAAAUCACAAUUCAACGGGAACAAUCAUAACAAUAACGGUGCCUUCGGGAUGGCUGAAUCUCCUGCCGACAACAACGGCAUAGUGUCUAUAAAUACCAACAGUUUACAGAAUGGUUAUCUAGAUGAAGAUCCUGUCAAGUGUACAUGUGGAUUCAGUGCUUCCGUAAAUCGGCGAUUGGCACACCGGGCCGGAUUGUUCUACGAGGAUGAACAAGAAAUCACCGGAAUGGCUGAGGAUCCUUCAUUGCAUAAAAAGAGUUCGCUUCUCGAGUAUCUACUGGGCAAGGGAGAUUACAGCUGCAGUAACGGUGGUGUUAACUGUGAUAUCUCACCGCUACCGUUGAAGAUCAUGGAUCUAUUACGGGAGCAUUGUGCGGUUAUACAGAGUUCGAGUAAUUCGAUACAUCGAGCCGUAGCUCGAUUCCAAAGUGCAAUGACGGCAAAAAGUGUAUCCAAUGCGAUGGUGCAUAUGCUGGAGUAUACAGAUGCCAACGAUGUGAUAUGCUUAGCAUUGGAACAAAGUAGAUUGCAGGCAAUCUCAGAGAAUAAAAACGAAGAAACAGCACUGGUGAAAUACACUGGCUUGGUAGGGGGCGUUAUCAAUGUUCAUAAAUGGCCCUAUUUGCGAGCAGGUGGACCAAAGAGUAAUCUCGAUAUUGUCAGAAUAAUGAAAUCGAUGCAACCCUUGCUACAAGAUGCAUUCCACAAGAAAUCCCAAACUCGUUUGUGGGAUGCUCCGUACACAAUUCAAGGACCCCUAACGUGGCGACAGUUCCAUCGUCUUGCUGGACGAGGUACUGGUCAGUGUGAACCUCAACCUGUUCCUUCUUUGGUCGUGGGAUACGAACGCGAUUGGCUCUCUCUGUCGCCUUAUGCGAUCCAGUAUUGGGACAAGCUGAUGCUAGAGCCGUAUUCCUACGCUCGUGACAUUGCUUAUGUUGUGCUUCUUCCGGACAACGAUUACAUUGUAUCUAGGGUCAAAACGUACUUCAAAGAGCUGAGCACAACCUACGAAAUGUGUAAACUGGGUCGACACAACCCCAUUAAGGGUUGGGAUGGAUUGCUUCGGGUUGGCUCAAAUCGUGUGUUAAAAGAAACUCAAAAUUCCAGCAUGGACGAAUGGUUUAGUAGCUUAGGCGAUACCCGCUUAAGUGAACUUCUCCGUUUGUAUGCUCAGACAUGUCAACAACAAUUGGCGCCCUAUUUGUCGAAAGUACCGUCGGAUAAAAGCCUGCUAGAUCCACCGGAGAAUUACAAUAUGUCUGCUUCGGCUCACGCGGCUGCUAUGGCACUGGCACAGGCGGCUAGCUCCACUCCGAAUCGUGAAGGACCCGGCCAAAGUCCAAUGCUUCCACCGCCGAGUACACCAGAUCCUUCGCAACCCGGCGAUAAAGCGCCCAGUACACCAAAGUCUGAUAACGAUCCCGAGCAACGGGACAAUCUCAACAAUUCGAGUUCGAGUCCUGCCGAUCGGAUGCAACACGAUGACGACGGCAAGGAGCCACCGCACGUGGUGCUCUACAUGGUGGAACCGUUCACCUGUGGAACAGAUUCAUCAGAAACGGAGCGAUUGGCGUGUCUUUCAUUGCUGAGGUGCUAUUCUAAUGUGCUGAACACGGUUCCGGAAUCUAUUCGCAGUAACAUCAGUGUGCAAUUGAUUUCUUUGGAAAACAUUCUCGAGCUUGGACGAAGUCGCAACAGGUUACGACUAAGUGAUCAUAUGCGGUGCCAGGCGUUGAGCAUCUUUUCACAAAGCCGUCGAUAUAUGCAGCAUAUGAACAACGUCAAAAGUCUGACUGGUUUUGGAACAGCAGCCAACGCAGAUCAGUUCAUCAAAAACAAGGAUGAAAAGAACCGCGCUGCCUAUAAACUGUACACACCACCGUAUGUGUUGGCGAAACUCAGCGAGAAGAAAGAAAAUUCGGAAUCCUUUGGACAACCGAGUAUUAAGCAACAGUGUUCGGUCAUGUACUGCAGCUACUGCCUAAGUGAAGACCAGAGCUGGCUUCUGGCGGUGGCCACCGAUGAUCGAGGCGAGUUUUUGGAAACGGUGACCAUCAAUAUCGACAUUCCGAAUCGAGUCAGGCGGAAAAGAGCCUCUGCUCGCAGGAUGGGGUUACAAAAACUGAUGGACUUCAUACUUGGGCUGAUAUCGCAAACGGUGCAACCAUGGCGAAUCGUAAUUGGCCGUAUCGGAAGGAUUGGACAUGGGGAGUUGAAGGGUUGGAGUUGGUUGUUGAGUAAACAAAAUCUUCAGAAGGCCUCCAAACACCUCAAAGAUAUAUGCGAACAAUGUUCACUGAUGCACCCUGUGGCAGUUCCCAGCAUCCUGAGCGCAUGUUUAGUUACUCUUGAACCGGACUCGGAAUUACGUGUGAUGCCGGACCAGUUCACCCCGGAUGAACGGUUCAGUCAGUUAUCCAUGCAAUCGCCACUAACGACUCCCCAGGAUGUGACUUGUACACAUAUUCUUGUGUUUCCGACUAGUGCUAGAACACAGUCGGCACAAUCGGCUUUUGUGGCUGAGCACAUCAACGACGAAUUGGAUGGGUUGAUGGUAGGUGAGGGUAUGGAUGGACUAGGACUCGAUGAAGAAUGUGGCGAGGAAGGCAUCAACGGGCUCGGAGACUUAUUCGAUAACUGGGAUUUGCCAAUCCAAAACAUGCAGCAGGACUCGGGACAGGGAAGCCCAGUUCCCUUUUCUGGGCCAGGACGAACCGAUGACGAGGGCUCAAGCUGUGCGCAGAAUAUGAACGCUGCGCAGGAAGCAGAAGAUGUUGGCUCUUUAGCGCAGCAACCAAUGGCUAUCGGCUACCUGGUAUCGACAGCCCCAACAGGUCGAAUGCCCCACUGGUUUUGGUCCUCUUGUCCGCAUCUGGAAAAUGUCUGUCCAGUGUUUCUGCGAGUAGCUCUCCAUCUCAACAGCUUCCAGAUCCUGCAGAACAAUGACGACCCAAUGGCCCAGUCCCAAUCGACAACGGAACAUCCGCUGGAUUCCAACAUGACGGCCGAUGUACUGCGGUUCGUACUCGAAGGCUACAACGUGUUGUCAUGGUUAGCAAUGGAUUCCAACACGCACGAUCGAUUGUCUUGUUUGCCGAUCCACGUGCAGGUGCUGAUGCAGCUAUACCACAUGACGGCCGCAUUGGCCUAAGGUUUUCGGUGGUAAUGUUCCUCUGGGUUGUACUUUCCCAUGUUCUGUCUGUGAUAUUAGGUAGCAUUGUGUGGAAGAAGAACAAAAACGAGCAAAAAGUUAUUCUAAACAAACAACAACAACAACAACAACAAGCGACUAUAUUGUAACGGUUUUGAAUGAAUUUUUUUGAUAUUAUUUAAAAAAAAUAUUCGUUUCUUUCUCCAAAUGUCGAGAGAAAAGCGUCAGUAUUGCUGGUCUGGCGAACCUAACUCAAAAAAAAAAAGAUUUUGACAGUGAAUAUCUAACACGUAACAAAACGAGAUUAGACGACUAAGCUUGUUGGAACGGUAGAUGCAUGUGUACGGAGUUCCAGCGGUUUUAUGUGUUUUGAGCUACAGUGAAACCAGGAAACCAUGGGAAACAAAAUCUCGAUCGCUGCAGCGACCGCAUGUACAUAAACAAUUAAUUUGAAGACAUAGAGAUGCGUCCAAGUCAAUUUGCAGCGACACUUUAUGAAAGUGAAGAACCCUUGCCACCAGGAGUAGGGAAUUGUAUAAAUUUUAAACAUUAGCCAAGGACAGUAGAUGAUUUAUAAGUAUCAAGUUUAAGUAGAAGCAAACUAGUAAAUUAUGGAACAAAUUAUUUAUAUAAAACUUUAAGCAAACCAUACAAAAGGCAGUUAUUCACUCGAUGAUUGUUUUGAGUAGAAAGUUAAGCAUGCACGCAUGUAUUGUAUAAAGGUAUUAUGAUAAAAAAAACUUGAUUUUUUUUUGCAAACAUGAUCCAAACAAUAUAUCUCAUUAGUUUUAAAACAAGCACUGACACUCUGUUGUAAAUGUGUAAUUGGACAUAAUUUUCUGAGAUCAGAAAUACGUAGUGGAAAGAAACCAUCUGAAUCAGACGUCCUACCCAAAAUAUUUAAAACAAAAUGUAAUCAACCACAAAUUUAGCAAAACAAUUAUUCCUUUGGGGGUAAAACCAUCGAAUGAAAAAGAGCGGGGCGCAGUUAGACAAAGUCUAACUGCUCACGAAGCUUAUCCAUCAAUCACAUCUGAGGGGACGUGUUUAAACGAACCAAUAGACCCGAAAUUUAGAAAGCUUUCUAAAACAACUGAAAAAAAAAGUUUGAAAACAUCAAACAAAUAUGAUAUUUUCCGUACUCGAGAAAGAAAUGAAAAGUUUCCUUAAUGAGAAAUUUGUUACUUGAAAAAUGAAAUUGAAGUAAUAAGAUCAAAAGAUUUACAAAUAAAACGGAACAGAAAUUCUAACAAAGUAAGUUUAGGCCAAAUUGUAAUAUUAUGAGACGAGCGAAGAAACCAAGAGCAAAAUUUUUAUUCUAUAUUAUAAAGAGAGAGAUCGUAAUGAUGAUAAAAUCUUUUCAAAUAAACAACCAUACAUAGAGUGACAAAACAAAAACAAUUUACUCAAAGGAAACUAUGUGUUAAGAAGAAAAAAUUGAAACUUCACAGUAAUCAGAAACGCAAGUAAAUCACCGAAUCAAACCAAGAAACAUUGGUCAGAUGUGUAUUAGUUUUUAAUAUAAUAACGGGAGCUGUAUACUCCCAACAAAAGGCGAAGUUUCGCCGAAUAGUGGAAUGAGACAAAAGGCAAUUAGUCGAAUUUUGUGUGCGUAUGUGGGUGCGUUUGUUGGCGAUGCAUAGUCCGGAAUGAUUGAGGACUCAAAUAUAUAUUAUUAGUGGAUCUAGUAGAACAAGCAGAAUAAUAAAAUUAUUAUUCUAUACACAAUGAUUGAAAAAAAAUGCAAAUGGCGCUGACAAACAACAACAAGAAAACCUAUAAUUAUAAUGAAUUGUAAUUAAUAUUAAAUUAAUUACCUUUACAUGAAUUAUUAUAUAAAAUAUUAAUACUUGUAUAAUGUUAAGGUUUCGUUUACACAAAUACUGAAUAUAAAUGGAAAACUAUUGAAA